AUGACGUCGGGCGCGCCCCCCGGACGCGCGUUCUACGACGGCGUCUUCCGCUCGCCCCUCUUCACAGAGCGCCACCGCGUGUGCUGCAACGUGGGGUACCGCCCGCGCCGCGAGUCGACCGACGCCGUCGACGUCCGAUCCACUGCGUUCCAGACCCGUUAUCCGCACGACGUGUACCAGUUGCAGCUCUACGACCGCUUACUGGACGUCGAUGGACAGCACGCGACACGGCGACACGAAGCGCUCACGAUUCUCGACGUCGGGUGCGGCGCUGGCGGCGCAGCAGCACAACAGCAGCAGCAGAAGAGGCAGCAGAAGCUGCAGCUGUAUCAGCAGUCGUGCGAGAGCAUGGUCGGCCUACUGCCGCAGUCGGUGGACAUUGCGGUGGCGGUGCAGAGUCUCCAGGAAGUGCAGCAUCUCGACCGGGCCGUGCGUGAACUGGCGCGAGUUGUGAAGCCUCGAGGGCUGUUGUUCGUUGCCGACUUUAUCCCGCUCGACACGGCUGCUGAUCACGUGGAGCGCUCGCUGCUGUCGCAGCACAAGACGGGGGGCUUUCAUCUUGUGCAGGAGCAGCUGGUGUCGUACGAGGCAGCAAUGGGCGCGCAACACAGCUCGGACAGCACGCGGGAGCUGAUCCAUCGGUUGACGCCUUCGGACGUGCACGCGGAGCUCGAGACUUUCUUCUUUGUCGAACGCUCGCCGCUGUAUGAGCUGCUACGUCGGGACCAACUGGGCUACCGCUUGUUGUGCCUACGCAGGACAGACGAGCGGCGCACCGAUGAAGAAGAAGACGUUUGCCACGUGACGGAAUGGGAUCGGGACAGCGACGGCGACAGCGCUGGAGACACUUCAGAUGAAGAGAUCCACGACGAGGAUCUGGCCAGUUACUACCCGUACCAGGAGCUCUUUCCCCAGUUGGACAUGCUGAGCGACAACUACAGCGUCAUUGUGGAGGAGAUGCAGGCUGUGCAGCAGGUGGCAACGUGGCCGUUCUGGCCAGAGAAGCACUACACGAACGGCGACAGCGAGUGGCGCGUAUUUCCGUUUUGCUAUACCUUCCCGGCGUGUGACGCCUCCAAGACAACAUGGGUACCCGCUACGUGCUCGAUGUGUCCACGCACGGCAGCCAUUCUCAAGAGCCUGCCUGGCGUUCGCACCGCACUGUUCUCAAAGCUCGGUCCCAACACGACGCUAAAUGCGCACCGAGGGUGGGCGGACCUGGCAAACCACGUGCUGCGCGUGCACUUUCCGCUCAUCGUGCCCACGCUGUCGAACGGGGAGCCGUGCUGCGCCAUGGUAGUAGGUGGCGAGACCACCUACCAUAACGAGCGCGAAUUCAUAGUGUUUGAUGACAGCAAGUUGCACUAUGCGUUCAACCACCAUCCGGACGAGACGCGACUCGUGCUCAUUGUUGAUUUCUACCGUCCAGACCAUCUCCCGAGAGGCCGUGCACGUGGCGGCCACUCGGACGAGCUGGACGAGUUUAUCGAGUCGUUUGGCAAUCAGACGUUGCUCGAUGGCAACGGAGAAAGCUGA